GGCCCGGAUCUGUGUUUAGGGCUGGGGAAGCUGCAUCGCGCUUGGAGCCUUUGGCCCUGUCAUCUCCCGGUGCCUGGUGCGGCCCGGCCCGGCCCGCCGAGCAGGUGGGAACGGGGAGAGCCGGAGAGCGGCAGGGCCUGGGGGCGGGAGCUGAGGCGAGGGCGGCCUGGGGCUCUGAGGCCCUGCCGGGGCCAGGCCGGGGCCGGGGGCGGUUAGAGAGCCGCGGCGGUGCGGUGCGGGCAGACCCGUGGCUGCCCCAGGCCGCUCGGCGCUGAGCCCCGGUCAGGGAUGCGGGGGAGCCCGGCUCUGUGGCGAUCGACCGCCCUGCUCGGAGGGCUGGGACCUCUCCGUGUUAGCGAGAGCAACCGCCUGCGGGGCUUACCGGAUGCAAAACGUGGGGGUUGUCGGGAAGGGUCUUGGCUUGCACAGAGGGGUAGAUCGCUGAAGAGUUAGUGAGAGGCAGUUUGGUGCUGUGCGUCGCCAGACGUGCCUGCCUGUGCAGAGCAUGUUUGUGAGUGCCAAGUCAUUGCCGUGCCUCUCCUCGGUGUUUUGGAUGCUAGCAAUGAUUCACUCACAGCUGAUGGACCAAAGGAGAAUUGUCGUGCUUAGGAGCCUUGUUUUGUUAUGAAGAAAAUGGGAAAAUCUCUCUCUCAUCUACCAAUACAUACGUGUAAGGAAGAUGGCUAUGAUGGAGGUACAGUGUCGGAUAAUAUGAGGAAUGGGUUAGUUCACUCAGAAUCACACGGUGAGGAUGGCAGAUGUGGGGAUGUGUCACAGUUUCCAUACGUGGAAUUCACGGGAAGGGACAGUGUCACUUGUCCUACCUGCCAGGGAACGGGAAGAAUUCCACGAGGGCAGGAAAACCAGCUGGUAGCAUUAAUUCCAUACAGUGAUCAGAGACUGAGGCCAAGAAGAACAAAACUCUACGUGACUGCUUCUGUAAUUGUAUGUCUCCUACUUUCUGGACUGGCUGUAUUUUUCUUGUUUCCUCGCUCAGUCGAUGUUGAAUACAUUGGUGUGAAGUCAGUUUAUGUCAACUAUGAACAGAGCAGACGUAUAAUAUAUUUAAAUAUUACGAACACAUUAAAUAUAACAAACAACAAUUAUUAUUCUGUUGAAGUAGCAAACAUCACAGCCCAAGUUCAGUUUUCAAAAACAGUUAUUGGCAAAGCACGUCUAAACAACAUCACCAACAUUGGUCCUCUGGAUAUGAAACAGAUCGACUAUAUGGUGCCCACAGUCAUACAAGAUGAAAUGAGCUACAUGUUUGACUUCUGUACUUUAGCAUCAAUAAAAGUGCAUAACAUAGUAGUGAUGAUGCAAGUGACGGUGACAACCUCUUACUUUGGCCACUCUGAGCAAAUAUCCCGAGAGAAGUACCAGUAUGUGGACUGUGGAGGAAACACAACCUACCAGCUGGGCCAGUCAGAAUAUUUAAAUGUACUUCAGCCUCCACAGUAAAAGCACCUGUUGGUUAGUGUGGAAUGACUGCUCUUGAUGCUUGAAGAAAUCCUUUAAAUAGGACUGGUACUUUGUAAAGGAGAGAAUAUGUGCAUGUAAUGCAUAGGAAACAUGGUGGCCUGUUCACUUUAAUUGCAAGGAGGGAAACGGUUCAAAAUGUAUAUAGAUGCACUUGUUAAAUGUUGUGUUUUCCCCUUCUGUUUGCUUUCUGUUACUGUAAACACUUCUGUCAAGUUGUGUGGUUGGAGGGAGAGGGGGAAUUACAGAUUCUUGAGCCGAAUUGGGACCUUGCUUUACAGUGUGGUAUAUCAAUUUAGAGUAACUGUGUAUUUGUCUGUUCAGGUGAAAUGUGUCACUAAAGAGCAUUUUAGAAGAAUCGAUACUCAUAACUUUUAAGUUUAUAUUUUCAGUUCUUGAUAUUUGGCUCUUGAAACUUGCAGCAUAACUACUUAGGUAACAAGAUUGCUUUGAGGGACCUGGGUGUGAAACUAGUAUUAGUAAACCAGUGACAAUAUUCCUUUGGUUUGGGAUUCUACUUUUUGCUAUACUUGAUCAGAAGUGAUAGGCAGUCUGUGAAAGCUGGGAAAGCUCUCAUGGAGGACACUAUACUUGAACAUGCAACUUCUAGAAUCUGGCAUCUUCUUGUUCAUAUUGCCCCCUGCCAUCUCUGAGAUGUUAUAAGGAGAAUGUAUGUUGCCAGGUUUAAAACAAGGUUAAGAAAAGAAAUCCCCCCCAAAAUCAUUGCUGACAAAGGAGAAAUUCAAGACUGUGGAAAGUGAAGGAGUUAAGACUUCAACAGUGUCAUUCCAUUCUUUUGUUAUUCAAUUAAACUUUUGACUACAACUAAUAGAAUUGUGUAGUUAGGAACUAAGCAGAAAGAUCUUUGAGGGUGGGUUUGGGCAGCUUGAUGUAAAUCUUCAGCAUUUUUAUUGUUUUGAUAUACUUUGUAUCUAAGCUACUUGACAGUGCUAAUACCUUGGGGGUGCGUGUAUUUAGUGCACAGGCUCAGUAAGCAAUGCAGUAGUUACCUGAAUCUCCUGAGUACUCAUAGUUCACAUCAGUUGUGUAAGUUAAGAUAAAGCAACUCCUUCUGAAAGAAUAAAUGCUAACUUAGAACCAAACCAAAAGUUUAAUUGGUUUAGUUUGCACAAUGAGAAUUUCUGGGGUUUCUAUUAAACACAGUAAUUGUAAAUUUUGGGUCCGAAGUUUCUUGAGUUCUGAAAACUGACUGUUCUAAGGGCUAGGUGCAAAACUUUUUAAUUAACUAGAUCAGGAUUGUUUUAAUUCUGAAUUAGAUGAAGCUUCAAGAAAGUGCUUUUGAGACAUUGCAUUGUAAUGAAUACUAAAUUUUUGAAAUGUUGUGGUUUUUAUGCUGCCCAUCUCCUGGAAGUAAGCUAUAUAAAAUGAAUUAGCAAUAAACACUAUGGAAAAAGGCUAUGGAGUAACUUCUUGCAACUAAUGAUCCUUUAUGCUGCAGUAAUUUGGUGAAGUUAUGUGUCUGUAUUAUUCUUCAUCAGUGUUUUUCAAGUGGACCUAAAGGUGGUGGUGGGGAAACAUAUCAGUUAGGUGAGUCUGAUAUAUAUUUAUAUAUUUUUAAGGGGGAAGAAAAAAAAAGUAACUAUACCAAAAAAAAAAAAAAAAAUCUGUCUGAAUGCAGUGAACAGUUAUCCUGAAUGUCUACGAAAAAUCUGACUAUUAUAUUGGAACAUAAACUCUCAAUUUCCUAUAGUUUUUGAUAAGACUGAAAAGUUGAGUUUUGGUUUAGAAGAACUUCCGUACUGGAAUAAUGGAUUCUGAUGAUUUACUUUACUUAUGUUUUGAAAAGUUAUUCUUGUAUGUAGACACUUAAAAAUCUUCAUUGUGUCUUAAUCACAAGGCAGACAAGUUCACAGCUGGCUCUCCUGGUCUUCCUAGACUGUAGAUCAGGUUCAGUCUUAUGAAUGAUACAAUGUGUGCAGAAGCUGAUCUGACAGUCUGAAAAGAUACAGCUGGUAACUCAAGACCAGGCUAGAAGGGAGAUGUCUAGAAGCAGAGAAGUAACAUCUAGUGUUUUAUGUGACAUGGAAGGAUUUGUUUCUGUUGGAGCAUGUGGGAAGCAAACUGCUUUAAACCAUCUCAUAUUUGAAGUCAAGCAGUAAGCAGUAUUUUUUUCUCUACAUCCAAGUAUUUAAGCCUCAACUUUGUUGUAUUUUUUUUUCUUGUUUCAUUUUGAGGUAGAAAAAAGAAAACAGCCCUAGGCAGGUCUUUGUUGUUGUUGUUUUUGUUUUUUGUUUUUUUUGUGGUACCAUUUUAAACCAAAAUUUUAUUCAAAGGAGAAAAAGUAAAACAACAGGAAUGGCGCAGUGAUGUACUUAUUUAGUCACAGUAGGUAGCAGAUGCUGCUUGAACGAGAGUGCUUUUAGGGAUUUUAUGCUUGCUUAUGUGGUGUUGUGACACAACUCAGACUGACAUUUGAAAGUUUGGCAGACAUGCUGAGCAAAAUGCAUGCUUAAUCUGUGAAUCUACCACUGCUUAAAAUGCUCUGUGUUGCCUACUUUAAAAUACUAAGUGGUGAGUGGGAAUAUUCUUUCCAUGGAUAUAGAGGGAUAAAAUAUUAUUUUUAAUAACUAUUUUUCACCCAGGAUACCUAAUGGAUGUGAAUUUUAACACUGUUAAUUUGUGGUGGGGUUAGUGAGUAACUAAGAGUUCUUACCUGAAAGUAGAAUCUGGUAGUAUUGGGGAAUCUUCAAAUUAAAUCAUUUAGAAGAGCAUUAAAAGUGUAUUACUUUGUGCUUGCAAUAACAGUCAGCGUGUUGUUAACCAAGUAAAGUUUUUCAAACAAGCUAUGAAAGAAACAGAUUGAAAUGAAAGACCUCUCGUAACUUCAUUUAUUUCUAUUGCUUUUUUUUAAUUAUUUUUUUUUUUUUUGGUAACAAAUGCGAGCCUUAUGGUUCACCGUGGUCCAAAUAGUACAAAUUCUAAAUUAUUUCCAGAAAUUCAGCUUGCAGAACCUUUCUCUUUCCUGAUUUGUUUUCAUGUGUGUACGAUGUUUUCUGAUGGAUUAACUUAUUUAUUUUUCUGAAAUGAUGAGUAUUUCACUUGUAUGCAUUUGAUCAUAUUCUAAGAUUAAGGGAUAAGUUACAUGACAACAUUGCAUUGUUAUAUUUCAAGGGAUUUAUUUCUGGUAUUCUUCCACUUGAACUCUUUCUUGCAAUUCCUGUAGCAAAACCUAUUGCACUUUAAAAUGAAGCUCUGUUAGUUAUCUGUUGAAACAGUGGUUCAGGUAUUGUAGUGCAAUGAAGCAAUCCAAAACAAAAACCUUAAUGUAUUCCAUAUACAAUAGCCAUAAAAUUUCAAAGUUCGAAGUUAGAAUAUUGUGAAACACUUAAAUGAGUAAGCAUGUUAGCUGGUUUGCUGCUCUGACCCACAGAACAAAAUUAGAUUUAAAUAUGAUGCUUUAAAAAUGAAUGAAUGAAGCCACUAAAACUUGAAGAUUUGUUUAUCCAUCUUGGUAUUUAGGGGGCAAUUGCUUGCUGCUUAAUUUCAUGUGAAGACAAGCAUUAAAUAUCUUAUCCUGUGUAGUGUAGCUUUGAAGUUCUUAAUGCAUUUCUGGUUUGUGCAUGACCUUGAUGUUAACGUUGUGGUAUAUUUUGCAGCCAUGUGCUGACAGAGUUAAGUACAUGCCUCAGUUGACUUUGUUUCAGUUUGUCCUUGAAGUCCUUCAAGUGAAUAAAUUUCUUCAUAGCAAUUCAUUGCAAACAUGACUAGGCUUUCUGAGUGUGUGGCUAACCACAGAAUUUGAGCGCCUGGAUUGAACUGUUAGGGUCUUCAACCAUCAGACUAAAACGUUGUGCCCACAUGAUGGGAAGGAUGGCGCUUGAAGUAGUAUGAGAGAGAUUUAUAGACUUGAAAAAAUAAUGUUAUUUCUUGUUUGCUAUUUAAGGCUUCCUUUUGGGAGGUGGAGAGCUGAUGGGAGAUUUAGUUGUGGUUUUGCGUUUUUCCCCUUCUCUCUCUCCCCAGUCUGUAGUGGAAUAUCAGCGUGUUAUUGUCUUACGAAAUGGGUGACUUGUUUCAGAGUCAGGCACCUACAUGAACCUUCCUGUCAGUGGGACUGGACAGGUAGUUAAGAUACAACUAAGGCUAGCAGUAAUACUCUCCUCUGAACUAAUUUUUUCUGUUGCCUGUAACAAAAUGCCAAAACCCUUACAAUUGCUUCUAGGCUUAUUACUUCUGAGAGGGAAGGAUGAACAAGAUGAGUGCAGCCAAUGUAAUAAAAUCCAAUCAAACAUGUUAAAAACAAUUAUUUGGGUAUGGCAAAAACAUCUGGUAUUUGUCUACUUGAGAAGCCAUCUUUUUUUUUAUUAUUAUUUUUAACCUUUAGAUGGAGAUUCUGGUAAUGAAGAAGAUUGCUUUGCUGCCCCCAAAGCUUUUGUCAUGCAAACCUGUUUUUCUGCCUUUAGGUUGUCCUGUUGGACAGGAGCUGUUCUCUAAGAAAUCGGUACAGUUAAAGCUAGUGUGUCCAGCCCUAAGGCGUAGUGUGAGACCUGGUGGUAAGGGUCUUGCAGUGUGGAUGUAUAUGUUUUUUUGGAUACUGAAACUGCUUUUGCUUUGUGUAAGUAGGGAUGUUUACUGCCAGACAUGCAAGCAUUACGGUGCCUAAAUAUUUUGGGUCUGACCAUGAGUGAUUUAGGGUUUUUUUGUUUGUUUGUUUCAAGUGAACUUAACCACUGUUAACAUCCACUGUACAGAGUGUGCAUAUAAUAGCUUGAAUUAUGUAUAGAAAUACUAAUGAGUUAUAACUAUUUUUGUAACUUAAAAAUUGUAAACCUGUUCUUGUAACUGUGUGGCAAACAAUCUAUCAACUUCAGCAUGAUAAAUAAACACUCUAAGGGGUAUUUGGGAUACGUAAGACACGAGCUAUCUUAAUGCAAGUUAACUGAGACGAUGGAUCUUAUUUAGAGGUUCAAAAUCUGGAUAUAACUUCAUUAUGGAUAUUUGGUUCUAAACAGAAUUGUUUGACUCAAAGAAUGAUAUUAAAUUUUCUAUUUAAAAAAAA